GCCGAGAAUGGGAGUUGAGCGCACAGACUGAGCCCCGCACCGAUCUCCUCUCCGCUCUCUUCGCCUCGCUCUCGUGGCCUGUCCACCCCAUCCAUCAUCCCGCCGGCCACCACUAAGAACACCUUCCACUAUGGCCACCUCAGCAAGUUCCCACCUGAACAAAAGCAUCAAGCAAAUGUACAUGUCCCUGCCUCAGGGUGAGAAAGUUCAGGCCAUGUAUAUCUGGGUUGAUGGGACCGGCGAAGGGCUGCGCUGCAAGACCCGCACCCUGGACUGCGAGCCCAAGUGUGUAGAAGAAUUACCCGAGUGGAAUUUCGAUGGCUCUAGUACCUUUCAGUCUGAGGGCUCCAACAGUGACAUGUAUCUCAGGCCGGUCGCCAUGUUCCGGGACCCCUUUCGCAAAGAGCCCAACAAGUUGGUGUUCUGUGAAGUUUUCAAGUACAACCGGAAGCCUGCAGAGACCAAUCUAAGACACACCUGUAAACGGAUAAUGGACAUGGUGAGCAACCAGCACCCCUGGUUUGGAAUGGAGCAGGAAUAUACUCUCAUGGGAACAGACGGACACCCCUUUGGUUGGCCUUCCAAUGGCUUCCCUGGGCCCCAAGGUCCAUACUACUGUGGUGUGGGAGCAGACAAAGCCUAUGGCAGGGACAUCGUGGAGGCUCACUACCGGGCCUGCUUGUAUGCUGGAGUCAAGAUUACAGGAACAAAUGCCGAGGUCAUGCCUGCCCAGUGGGAAUUCCAAAUAGGACCCUGUGAAGGAAUCCGCAUGGGAGAUCAUCUCUGGGUGGCCCGUUUCAUCUUGCAUCGUGUAUGUGAAGACUUCGGGGUGAUAGCAACCUUUGAUCCCAAGCCCAUCCCUGGGAACUGGAACGGUGCCGGCUGCCAUACCAACUUUAGCACCAAGGCCAUGCGGGAGGAGAACGGUCUGAAGUACAUCGAGGAGGCCAUUGAGAAACUAAGCAAGCGGCACCAGUACCACAUUCGCGCCUACGAUCCCAAGGGGGGCCUGGACAAUGCCCGGCGCCUGACUGGAUUCCAUGAAACCUCCAACAUCAACGACUUUUCUGCUGGCGUUGCCAACCGCAGUGCCAGCAUCCGCAUUCCCCGGACUGUCGGCCAGGAGAAGAGGGGCUACUUUGAAGACCGUCGCCCUUCUGCCAAUUGUGACCCCUUUGCUGUGACAGAGGCCAUCGUCCGCACUUGCCUUCUCAACGAGACUGGCGAUGAGCCGUUCCAAUACAAGAACUAAGUGGACUAGGCUUUGAGUGAUGCUGAGCCCUUCCUAAUCAUCCCAUUCCAACUCUUUCCUGUCCCAGCUCUGCCCCCACUGUAACUCAAAGGAUGGACUAUCAAGGUCUUUUUAUUCCUCAUGCCCAGUUAAUCUUGCUUUCAUUGGUCAGAAUAGAGGGGUCAAGUUCUUAAUCUCUCCACACCCAACCCUCAUCUUUUUUUUCUAUCUAGCUUUUUAGUGGGGAUGGGGGGUAACCACUGCUUCAUCUCAUCAGGAAUGCAUGUCCAGUAGGCAUAGCUGUCACAGAGCGGGUAUAUUUGUGCGAGGAGGAAUUUUUCUUCGGGAUAGUUCCACUGCUUGGAUUGACGAUCUCUGUUGGUAGAGAGCUGUUAGUUCUUCAGGUAAAACUGACUUUCUGUUCCCAGUAGAAGUUAGGUGAGGAGCAGUUGGAGGGUGCUCCCUUGUACCAUGUUUCCCUUGCUUGGGGGAAUUUAUGCCCUCCAUGGAGACAGCUUAGUGUGUCGCCUGAUGGACAGCCCUGCUGUAACAGAAGAAAAGGUUCUUAGUUCUUGGUCCUCCAUUUAUAACAAAGAGCAGAGUAGUAUUUUUAUAUUUAAAUGUAAAAACAAAAAAGUUAUAUAUAUGGAUGUGUGGAUAUAUGUGUUUUUCUAAUUGAGAAAACCACCCUCAUCCCUGGGUUUGCCAAGUUUAAGGGAAGAGCUUGGUUGGAAGGAAGGAUCUCUUGAGCAGGGAUGGGGAUGAAGUACCAGAAAUGCUGGUUAUCUGGGGCUCAGCUUCUUCAUUACUACGUAGGGUUUCCCUGCCCACUCUGCAGGAGCAGAUGCUGGACAGGUAGCAGGUGGGAUGCCAGUGUUUGCCACCACCUGAUCCCAUGCUUAGACUAAGAUGCAUAUGUGUCCACACACGAGUUAGAGGUAUGAGUUGGCUGGUCAACUUGAACAUUGUUACUGACGGGGGGUGGGUGGGGAUUAUUUCUCGGUGGGACUAGCAUGUCACUAAAGCAGGCCUUUUGAUAUAUUAAAUUUUGUAAAGCAAAACAAGUUCAGCUUCUAAUCAACUCUGUAGGGUAGGGUUUCUAACUUUGCAGAACUGCCUGUUUGCGUCAAUGUCUCCUUCCAGUUUGCUCUGGGAGGAACUGAGGACAGGCCUGGAGUUAAAACAUUUGUCGUGUUGUAUCCUAGUGUCUCGUCUCCCAGCAGAAUAUUCCUUCCCUCCUUAGGAAUCCUAUGGAGUUCUGUUUUUUCCUUUUAUAAUAAACACACCCCACCUCCACCCCAGCUUGCCCUGCUGUGCUCUGGUUGCUUGUGUGCCGUCCGCAGCAGGCUGGCUGCCUGUGGUUUUCUCUUGCCGUGACGACUUCUAAUUGCCAUGUACAGUAUGUUCAGUUAGAUAACUCCUCAUUGUAAACAGGCUGUUGCUGCCAGAGCAGUACUUAUAAAUCAACCUAACGUUUAUAA